CCGCGCCCGCUCGAAGAGAGGGGUGGCGCCGGGACACCAUCCAGCUUUUUCCCUUUCACGCCUGACUCUGCUCGUAUUUAUUUUAGCUUUCACACGUUAGACACUAUUUAAAAUAAAGCUUCGGCCUCAGGUGACGAGACUUGUUGGUGUAACCCUCCUCUCCUUCCUAGAGCUUCGCCUUCUCCCCCCGAGAUGGUAUCACCCCGGGUCUUCCCCGCCGCCGCCGUGCCCCUCCGGCUUCAAAAUGGCGGCCACCAUGGAGGACCUUCUGUUGGCUGAUCGUCACGGCUGCCACUGAGCGAGCACCAGCUUCUCUCGCUCUAGAACCUGGACUCGGCUAGGGUGUGGAAAGGGCAGUGGACGGCGUUGGGGGAGUACUGACGAGGCAAGUGAGGGCGGAGGAAAGGAGCGAAUCUUCGGACGGGGGAGGGGCGCGCUCGGUGCUCAGGGGGAGCCUGGCCCCAGCUCCCACCCAGCCUCCGCUGGGGACGUGCUGCCGGACUUCGGGAGUGACUGCCCCGGUCGGUCCUGACAGGAGUGCUCAGCGGGAAGGAGAAGUGACUUCUUCCCGGGUCUAGCGCUCCCGGUGUGGUGGCAGUCCGUACGAUGUACUCCCGUGCUCGCCUUCCCUCCUUUUUGCUGUUUCCGCUGCCCUUUCAGUUUCUUGGCGCUGGAGGAGCUGAUCUGACGCCAGCCCGGGCUCCCUGGCCUCGUGACUACUGUGUUCCCAGCCUCCUUGAUCGGGGUCUUCCCAUCGUUUUGGGUAGAGACCAAGAGGCCAUAAAGCAGUGGGCACAAAGCAGGCGUCCUUUUAUAUCGACUCCAAAAACCUAUAUAUAAAGAACUCUUCCUUUGAAUUCAUGGUGUUUCAUCCUGUAUACGACUGAGAUAUCAAAACUUUUGGAUUGUUGUUAUUGGACCAAAAAUAUGACAUCCAUUAUCAAAUUAACUACCCUCUCUGGGGUUCAAGAAGAGUCUGCUCUUUGUUAUCUUCUACAAGUUGAUGAGUUUAGAUUUUUGUUGGACUGUGGCUGGGAUGAGCACUUUUCUAUGGAUAUUAUAGAUUCCCUGAGGAAGCACGUUCACCAGAUCGAUGCAGUACUGCUUUCUCACCCCGACCCUCUCCAUCUGGGUGCCCUCCCAUAUGCUGUUGGAAAGUUGGGUCUGAACUGUGCUAUCUAUGCAACCAUCCCUGUUUAUAAAAUGGGACAGAUGUUCAUGUAUGAUCUUUAUCAGUCUCGACACAAUACAGAAGAUUUCACACUCUUUACAUUAGAUGAUGUGGAUGCAGCCUUUGAUAAAAUACAGCAGUUAAAAUUCUCUCAGAUUGUGAACUUGAAAGGUAAAGGACAUGGCUUGUCUAUGACACCUCUGCCGGCUGGUCAUAUGAUAGGUGGGACAAUAUGGAAGAUAGUCAAGGAUGGAGAAGAAGAAAUUGUUUAUGCAGUUGACUUUAACCACAAGAGGGAGAUUCACUUAAAUGGAUGUUCCCUGGAAAUGCUAAGCCGACCCUCCCUACUUAUCACAGAUUCAUUUAAUGCUACAUAUGUGCAGCCGAGGAGAAAACAGAGAGAUGAGCAACUUCUGACAAAUGUCCUGGAAACACUUCGAGGUGAUGGAAAUGUACUAAUAGCAGUGGACACUGCAGGCAGAGUUUUGGAACUUGCUCAACUACUUGAUCAAAUUUGGAGAACUAAGGAUGCGGGAUUGGGUGUUUACUCAUUGGCACUCCUAAAUAAUGUCAGUUAUAAUGUGGUGGAGUUUUCUAAGUCCCAGGUAGAAUGGAUGAGUGAUAAAUUGAUGAGAUGUUUUGAAGACAAAAGAAAUAAUCCAUUUCAGUUUCGCCAUCUCUCUCUCUGUCACGGUCUUUCUGACUUGGCUCGAGUGCCUAGCCCUAAAGUCGUGCUUGCCAGCCAGCCUGACUUGGAAUGUGGAUUUUCAAGGGAUCUCUUUAUUCAGUGGUGUCAGGACCCUAAAAACUCAAUCAUUCUAACUUACAGAACUACUCCUGGGACUUUAGCACGUUUCUUAAUUGAUAAUCCUUCUGAAAAAAUUACAGAAAUAGAGUUAAGGAAGCGUGUGAAGCUUGAAGGGAAAGAACUUGAAGAAUACUUGGAAAAAGAGAAACUAAAAAAAGAAGCUGCUAAAAAACUUGAGCAGUCAAAAGAGGCAGAUAUAGAUUCCAGUGAUGAGAGCGACGUUGAAGAAGAUAUUGACCAGCCAUCGGCUCAUAAAACUAAGCAUGACCUGAUGAUGAAAGGUGAAGGGAGUCGUAAAGGGAGUUUCUUCAAACAGGCUAAAAAGUCCUAUCCUAUGUUUCCUGCCCCAGAAGAAAGAAUCAAAUGGGAUGAAUAUGGAGAAAUUAUCAAACCAGAGGAUUUCUUAGUGCCAGAACUUCAAGCUACUGAAGAAGAAAAAAGUAAAUUAGAAUCUGGCUUGACAAAUGGAGAUGAACCGAUGGAUCAGGAUUUAUCUGAUGUUCCUACAAAGUGUAUAUCUGCCACAGAGUCUAUUGAAAUAAAAGCUAGGGUUACUUACAUAGACUAUGAAGGACGCUCUGAUGGGGAUUCCAUUAAAAAGAUCAUUAAUCAGAUGAAGCCACGACAGUUGAUUAUUGUCCAUGGACCACCGGAGGCCAGUCAGGAUCUUGCAGAGUGCUGCCGUGCAUUUGGUGGGAAAGAUAUUAAAGUGUAUAUGCCAAAGCUGCAUGAGACAGUCGAUGCCACUAGUGAGACUCACAUCUACCAGGUGAGAUUAAAAGACUCACUUGUCAGCUCCCUUCAGUUUUGUAAGGCCAAAGAUGCUGAGUUAGCUUGGAUAGAUGGUGUCUUAGACAUGAGGGUCUCUAAAGUAGACACGGGAGUUAUUUUAGAAGAAGGAGAACUAAAGGAUGAUGGAGAAGACUCAGAAAUGCCAGUGGACGCUCCUUCAGAUUCUAGUGUCAUAGCACAACAGAAGGCCAUGAAAAGUCUGUUUGGAGAUGAUGAGAAAGAAACAGGUGAAGAAAGUGAGGUCAUUCCUACUUUGGAACCCUUGCCACCUCACGAGGUUCCUGGACAUCAGUCAGUUUUUAUGAAUGAACCAAGACUGUCAGACUUCAAACAAGUUCUUUUACGGGAGGGGAUUCAAGCUGAAUUUGUAGGAGGUGUACUUGUUUGCAACAAUCAAGUAGCAGUCCGUAGAACGGAAACUGGACGCAUUGGAUUAGAAGGAUGCCUUUGUCAAGAUUUUUAUAGGAUAAGAGACCUUUUAUAUGAACAGUAUGCCAUUGUAUGAAGGACCUGAUGUCAGGAAAUACCUGUUUGACUUUUCUAAAAAAAAAGGAUUAUCUUAUUCUAACCUUCUGUUUUUCUGUUUUGUAACAUACAAAAAGAAUUUCCAAAAUAAUUUAACAUGUGCUAGAUUUUUUAAAAAUGUAAAUAAAGACCAUUUUGCUAAUGCUCAAAUGAGCAUAUAUACCUUUUGGCUUUUUCAGAGUGCUGAAGCCCCUGACAAGUGCACAGGCCCAAGAGUUGAAGGUGACAGGUUUCCUUUACAGACCCCUUACAGAAGGGCUUUUUACUUGAAUAAAACAAUGCAACUUAGCAAACCAGUUCAUGGCCUUAGAGAAAUAUAUUUGCAUGAGUUCUUGCAAACUUUAAAAAAUUUUCUGGAGUGAAAAGUGAGAAUUAUUUGCAAGAGAUGUGCUGUAAGAAAAAUGGAUAAAACAGUUUUUUGAGGCUUAUCUAUUUAAAGAACAAAGAGUAUGUGAUACAACUCUUCUUUUCAAUUCUAAUAUGCAGUUGUCUUCACAUGGAGCAUAUCUACUCCAUGCCUCUAUGUCCCAGUGAUUUACUCUAUUGUGACGUAGUGCACAUUUGGUUCAGAAAUGAGUUUUUAUUUCUCCUAUUUCUUGUUUUAUGAAGAUCUGUUCGUCAGUUUGAAUUAUAAACCACAUAUGAAUAGACAUAACUUAGUGAUGUGUUAGUCUUAUCAGUUCUUCAUACAUUUUAGAUGCAUCUUGACUAUCAGCUAGGGUACCGUACUGGAAACUGUUUGGUGCUGUUAAGUAAGGAAACAAAUGUUGGACCUCACCUUUUAUAAGGUAACGGCAUAAUUUAAUUAAAAGUAUAAGUGUUUUCACCUCUUAGGCUUGCUCUCCCCUUAGAUUGUCCAAGCAGUAGUUAGAUUUUAUAUACAUUUCUACAAAAAUAAUACUGAAGUUGGAUAAAGUCAUCCUUUCUGUGUUCAUAUCUUUCUUGAGGCUAGCAGCCCUUAUACAGUGUAAACCACUUCUGUGAGAGUAAAAACUGAAUAUAUGCAACCUUCAUUGAACUUAAAAAUGAAAAUCAUGUCACCCUAUUGGAAUCUGUUGAUGUUUUUUUAGAAUGUGGCUGAAUGAUGGCAGUCCUUGAUGUUUAUGUCUUAAAUAUUUAAGCCCUGUUUUUAACACUUAGCAUUUUUAGUAGGAUCAGCCUUUUUGUUUAACUUAAAUGGAACCAUGUAUAAUACAACCCAGUGAUAUCAGACUAGAAUUAAUAUUUCAUUCUUUUUCAGAUGCUUACAAAGCUUUUAUUGUGGAUUAUAGGGCUAAGGCAAAGUUUACAGCCUUCUGAUGCUGAAAACUAGGCAUACAAAACAAUGUUAUGGAAAAUGAAGAUAGAGAAUAUGUUUUCUUUGUAGAGCUUUGAAGAAAUUUCACUGAAACUCAUUACUGAAUAGAGUAAGUCUAGAAUCCUGUUUGUAUUCCAGUAGAAAGAAAGUCUGCAUUUGUUUCAUGGCUUAAAGCAUCUGGUGAUACAUACUGCAUUGUAAUACCGAUACUGAAAAAUUGUUUCUUGAGUAGCCUAUGAACUAUGAACAGGAAUUAAAACUUAAAGUACUUCAACAAGAUGGCUGUGCUAACUAAUGUCAUUGCAGGUGCAAUGCUUUUCCCUGUUUUCUAAAUGACAAUAUCACUAAAAUUUCUAAAUAAAGGCAUUUGUUUAGCUUCAGUUGCUUAAGAAAAAUAUAAGUUUAAAAAAGGACUAUGAGAUAAAUCAUAAAUUCAGAGGAACUUUCAGAUCUUUACUAUUUAGAAGCAAAAUAAAUAUAAGUGGACUGUCAGCUGAUAGUUAUAAAUAAUUUGAUUAAAAAUAAAUUUUGCUAUGGUA